GAGACUGUAGGACAGGUCGAUGCCUCGUCGGAGCGCUCGGGACUGGCGACGCUGACUGGCGACGCUCCCACCCGCACCAGAANAGAAGCCACUCCUCCGGGCCGCGCCUGCCUUUGCAACCAAAAGGCCGACCCCGCCGUCGCUUUCCCCUUGCUCGCCUCCUUUCGUCUCCUGUCCAUCGAUAAAUGGAAGCAUAUUCAAGACCGCAGGGAGAAGAUAAUUCCGGUAUGCGGGCGGAACUACUUGUCGCAUACGGAUCUAAAGCUUAUNAACCUCGCAGCAGCACAUCAAAAUCAAUUAAACGGUUCAUCACAACCCAAGCAAAAUACCAUGGCGGACCCCCGGAUCAGUUCACGUGAAAUGCCUGCGGGAGCCGAACUGAAUAGCGAAACCCGCCCUCAAGUGCCGACUUGGUCGGUGGCCAAUGCAAAGGAAGCAAAACCUCUUCCAGACACAGAAAAUCAGAACACCGGAACCAAAGUUGAUGCGGAGCUCUCAAAUGGAAGUCAUCCCGCUUCGGCCGAUGCUGAUGCACAAUCCGACAUCGACGAAUUACUAAUCGGUGGUGAUGCUGAACCGGAGCCUCCGCGAUAUGACGGUGAUUUCGAUAUCGAAAGACACGACUACUGGUGGAAUCUUCUGGAUCAGGACAACCCUCGUCAUGCUAGAGCUUCCAAGGGCAUGCGCUAUGGUACGGAACGUAACCCGAGAUGUGAUACGUGUGAGAGACAGAACAGGGCGUGUAUGACACGGCCAAACAGCCACGAUAAGACUGGAUGUGUUCGAUGUUCAUACACGCAGAGUGGGUGCUCACAUGCUAGAGAAGCUAGGGAGUCUCAUCGAACUGGUUUCCCACUUCUCAAGAUUGGAAGCGCUCGCAAACGUGAUGAUAUGGAUGACGAUGACUCUCGCAGUCCACCAGUUGAGAUCGCAGCCAAGCGACCACGAUUGUCAAGUUACAGCGGUGGUUACCCAGAAGGAGCCAGAGGCCUAAAUGCUACCCCCUCUCGACCUACUUUCGAUGCACCUGCUUCCGCCAAUGGACGCCACUAUUCUCCAAUCCACGUGCCAGGAUCAGUGACAGAAAGGNNGGAGCGAAGCGGUGCAAAUGGUGACAGUGCACGAUCUACCCGACACGACGCCGAUGCUCGCCAGGCCUACGACUCACAUUAUGACAUUUCCCGAACCGAGGACAAAUAUCAAGACAGGUAUCAAAACCACGACCGUUAUGAAGUCUCUGCUCGCGACAUGAACGGCUUGUUCAAUCUGAUUGAUAAGCUUCAACGUGAAGUGAGGAUCCUUCGCAGCAAGCUGGACGGCAUGGAGGCCCGUGUGGAUCAUCUCAGCGGAGCUGUUGACACAUACAGGCCA